UCUAUUUAUAUAUUCACAUAUACGGAGUAUAAUAUGAUCACGAUCACUUGAGGUAGGAGAGAGAUCAAAAUUCUAGAGAGAGAGGAUUCUCCAUAAGGAAAAUGCCAGAAAAUAAUUUCUUCACAGAAAUUAAAAUACCUCAGCAAAAGAUCUACAACAAUACAAUUCUCUUCCCUACAGUUCUAUCUCCAAACCCCAACACAGUCCCAAACAAUUUCUCUAUUGUUGUAGAAGAAAUCAAAGCUCAGAAGCCAUGGUUGGACUGUAUUCUUCACAAAACAGGGGCUAUUCUCCUCAGAGGAUUUCCGUUAACAACUGCUUCUCACUUUAACGGCGUCGUCGAAGCUUUCGGCUUCGAUGAACUACCGUAUGUGGGUGGCGCCGCCCCAAGGACCAACGUUGUUGGUCGGGUUUUCACUGCCAAUGAGUCUCCUCCUGAUCAGAAGAUCCCUUUUCAUCAUGAAAUGGCUCAGGUUCCUGAGUUCCCAUCCAAAUUGUUUUUCUUUUGUGAAGUGGAACCACAAAGUGGAGGUGAAACUCCUAUAGUUCUUAGCCAUAUCAUAUAUGAGAGGAUGAAGGAGAGGUACCCGGAAUUUGUUGAACGAUUGGAAGAACAUGGAUUGAUCUAUACUCGGGUGUUAGGGGAAGACGAUGAUCCUUCAUCGCCAAUAGGCCGUGGAUGGAAGUCUACAUUCUUGACCAAGGAUAAGAGCGUCGCAGAGGAAAGGGCUGCCAAGCAAAAUACGAAGUUGGAAUGGAUGGAAGAUGGAUCAGUGAAGACAAUAAUGGGUCCAAUUCCAGGUAUUAAAGUUGACAAGAGCAGACAACGCAAGAUAUGGUUCAACAGCAUGGUGGCUGCUUAUACAGGCUGGAAAGAUGCACGAAACGACCCUGUAAAGGCGGUGACCUUUGGGGAUGGCCAACCUUUGCCGGCUGACAUGAUCCACGACUGCCUGAAAAUCCUAGAUGAGGAAUCUCUUGCCAUUCCUUGGCGAAAAGGUGAUGUCCUACUGCUGGAUAAUCUGGCUGUGCUUCACUCCCGGCGAUCAUUUGAUCCGCCUCGUCGUGUACUAGCUUCGCUUUGCAAGUAAAAGGCUCCUCCAUCAAUGCCCUGUAUGUCACUGUGUGUUAAAUAGACACUCUAUUUUUAAGAUAUGUAAUAGGAGUAGUUUAACUAGUUUUUAUACCUUAAUAACACUAUUAAUGUUUAGUAAUUUUGUACUUGUUUAUAAACUAUUAUAAUUUUUGUAAUAACUUUUUUGGGUAAACUGAACAAUCAUUUCCUAAAGUUUAUU